AUGUCAUAUAAAAUUUCAUUAGUAGGUCUGGAGGGUAGUGGAAAAACAACAUUAGCAAAAGUUUUGAAUGACUAACACUAAAUCAACAAUAUGCAAUUGGAAGUCAAUGAAGAUAUGCCAAAUUCAGAUGUAAUGAUCUUCUGUUUGGAUGGAAGCAACAUGCAACAGUUGCAUCAUAACAAGGCAGCAUUAGAGUAAAUUAAUGGCAAGGAAUAAUUAAUUAUAUUGCAAACGAAAGCAGAUAUUCAAACAAUAGAAGAAGGAGAAUUGAGAAACUUCUUGGGUGUUGGAGAAAUACCAAUCUUACCAAUUUCUGCUUAAAAUGGGGAUGGAUUACCUUAAUUAAUUACUUUAUUAAGUUAGUAGAUAUAACCAACACAAUAGAACUUUUCAGCUGAGCCAAGAGUAGUGCCAAGUAGAGGGAAAUAUAGAAUAAAUGAAUAAAAUCAAAUAUCAAAGCCAAUGCAGACAUUUCAAAAUUUAAUGAAGGAUCACGUAUGUAUGUAUUGAAAUUUUAGAAAAUUAAGCAACGCACACCAAUGGAAUAGGAGUAGGAAUAUAUACGUUUAGAAAAAGAACGUAUUAAAGUAGAGAAUAUGUCAGCUUAAUUGAAUAAUUUUAAGAGGAAACUAAAAAAAGAAGGUAUUAUACUUAUUUUAUUUUAAGACACAUAUGAUAUCAAAGCAACAGCAAAUCCAAGAAUAUAAGUAAAUUUAGAAUUCUUUUUAACAGACACUUUAGCAUAAUGUGAAUAAUAAAAAAAUACUUUAUCCACUUAAACUGAUAAAUUGCAAAAAAAACCAGAAGACCCUCCUUUCAUUCCUAAAAAAACAGGAAUUGAUGCUGCAACUUAAGUUGAAGAUUAUGAGUUAUUUGAUUUUGAUAGAGAAGUAACUCCUAUUUUGAAUGUGAUAUGUACAAAGACUUUAGAAUAAGCAUGUUUAGAAAUAGAAUAAGAAGAAGAAUUUAUGGCUAUGUAUAGAUUUAAAGAAGCUUUUGAAAAAAGAAGAGUAAAUGAGAAAAAUAAGUAACAUGUUACAGUUGAUAGAGAAAAAUAAUUGAUUGAUCAAAAGACUGAAGUUUUGAAAAAAUACUCUUAGAAAUAAGAGAGAAUGCAAAAAGUUAUUUUUAAAGCUUAAGCUCAUGCAAUUGCCAAAGAAUAUUUAAAACCAUUAUAAGGAUAAAUAAUGUAAUAAGUAAUUACAAGUGGAUUUUAUCCUAAUGAAUUCAUGAAUCAAUUGCAAACUAAAUUUAUGGACUAUUUAGUAGGAAAAACUCAAGAAGAAGUAAUCAGACUUGUUGAACUCAACAAUUCUAUGAAAACUGCUUUUAAUGUCUCUAAUUUCGAACAAAUUCCUAAAGUCAGAAAACCAAUUGAUUAAUAAAUACAAAAAAAAAAAGAUAGGUAGGCUUUAAGAAUGAUUAAUUAUUCAAAUAAAAGAGCUAUCCGUAUCUUCUAUUAAGACUUAGUUCCUCUCUAAAGUGUAAUUUCUAUGACUUUGCCUAAAUUCUUAGAUGGGUCAUUUGAAGAAUGGAAAAAAACAUAUGAUUAGAGAGUUGCUGAAUUAGAGUAGAAGGCUGAGAAUAAUGAAAUAAAUGAGGAAGACUUUGCAAAUCAAAAAAGAACUGAAUAUCCUGAUUUGUAAGAAGGAUAUUUUGGAGCAUCCAUUAAUAAUUUUACUAGAUUCGCAUUUUCUAUGGCACAUGAUUAAUAUUACUAAACUAGUGAUAAAAGAUUAUAAAUAGUAGCAUAUGUUUUAAAAAAAGAUGGAACAUAUGAAAUUAUAAAUUAAGAAUCAAAAAAUUAUGGAAAAGUAUUUAAAUGGAAACAAUUUAGAUUACCAAUCAAAUAAACUGAUGAUGAAGCUUUAGUAAUAAGAUUAGAAGAAAUAGAUUCUGAAAUAAUUGCUAUAGUUUUUGGAUUGUUAUUACCAAAUUUAUAAAAUAAUAUUAAAGCCUUAGAAUGGGUGUAAAAUGCUAGAUUUGGUUUGUAUGAUGCAAAAUAUUGUAUUCCAUUUGCUCAAACCAAUGUAAAUAAGGCAUUUAAAUUAGAAGAACUUGUAAAAUAAAUUGAUGAUCCUGAAUUUGCUGAAGCACCAUAAACUGUCUUUAUGAGUUGCUUCACAUUAAUGAAACGUUUUAAAUAAUUUGGUGGAUGGUAUAUAGAAAAUACUUAAGCUGCUACUAAAGGUAUGCUUACUUAAGAAAUUGAACCCUUUUAUGAAAAACUAUCAUAAUUUCUUAUUGAAAUGUUCGAAUUUACACUUCAAAGAGAUAGCAAUGUUAUUUCAGCAAUUUAAGAGAAGGAAAAAGAAAAAGAUGCCAUAUUAACCAAUUAAGAAUUAUAAAUGAGUAAAUUUAUAGCCUUUAAUUUUUAGUAAUUACUAAAUCAAAAAUACCCUACUCAAAAAAAAUGCCUACAGAACCUAAUGUUACUGAUUCAGCUCUUCCCUCUUCUAGACCACUCGAAGAACCUUCUGAUUACACUAAAUCAUAAUUCAACUCUAUGAUUAUAGAACCAUUAAUUUUGGAUAUGAAUGAUUCCUUUGAAAUUAUAGAGUCAUAGCUGAUUAACCAUCUAACUAAUAUUGCUUCAAGGUUGGUUAACAGUUGCACUUGGGGGUUUGAGUUGAAAGCCAGAGGCAAUUCAUUCCUCAGAGUGAAAUAAUUAAUUAGGGUAUUUAAUAUAUCAAUUUUAACUAUUUAGUUAAGAAAUGUAGGUGAUAUGACAAUUGUAAGAAAGGCAGAACCUCCUAAGGAAGAAGUUCCAGUGCAAUAAGAAGAGAAUAAGGAUAAUGAUGAUAAUGAUAAUGAUUCCUGA